AGACAUGAUUAUAUAUUUAUAUUCCAAUACAUUGUGACGUAAAUAGCUUACUGUAAAAUGUUGUGUUGUGCAUUAGUUGAAUGCGGUCGAUAACAGCUUAAUACUCUUAAAGGUCGGUAUUUAGCAUCACAGGUCGUAUGGAAUAACAAGCGGAGCAAUCUUCCAACGAUAGACUGUUAGCACCCCCUUGAGUAGUUGAUUGAUGGUGAACAGUGUUUACUGCCUCGCUAAUUCUGGGGAGUGGGGCUGCAUGACAAUUGUUUUUCACGGACUCCGGCAAGGCAGGCUGCUAAUACUGGUGUCUAAGUCAUUUUGGUUGUGAAGUACUGUUUUUCAAUAACCUCUAAACACGCAACUGUUUAUUAUCGUUAGGAGAAACAAUGUUUCGUAGACCGUCCUUGUUUUCUGCAGAUUAUUUGUAAAAUCGCGCAUUUGUCUUUUUAACCGCUAUUUUACCAGAACUCCAUUAUAAGAGAGGCUCCAACUCUGUGCUUUAGAAGUGAGGAGACGGGAAGAACAUGCAUCUCUUUAUGUUGCUGAGUGCUCUGCUCAGCAUUCCUGUCUCUUUGGGCUGGAAUGAAGACUUCCAGAUAGUGUGUUCUGGAAGAGAGUUCCGUCUGCCGGUCUACUCAGGGUCAAGGAUCGUGACCUUCACCCCCAGCCACCCUACAGGACCAAGAAGAGUGCUAUUGGAGAACAACAAUUUGAAGGACCCGCGGUUUGAGUGGACCAAAGACAGGACAUUGCUGUUGAAGGAAGUCAACCGAAGUGACCAGGGGCUCUACUCAAUCAAACUGUCUUCUGGAUUCACCUACGAAACUGUUCGUCUCACUGUCUCAGAAUGUGUAGAGACAUUUAGACGGGGCUAUGGGGAGAGCUUCAGACACAUCAUCCCUGAAGACGGCUCUCUGCUCCAGUUUUCUCCCCGGAACGCCCCCCCGGGCUCACUGCCAGUGGUGCUGUGGAACCGGACAGACCCAGAGACCAGCGAGCUGGGCCGGGGGGGGCUGGGGUCGGACGGCAGGGUCUGGGUUGCAGAGAGGGUAACGCAGACAGACCAGGGAAACUACACCAUCCUAGAUGACAACGGGAAAGUAAUCUCCCGCAGCCAGCUUACUGUCAAUGGACACACCUUCAAUGUCACCCGCUUUUUUAAGGAGUCUCUAAACCUGCCCCUCUUUCUCCCCGUCCCUCAUGUCCACCUCAUUUUUACCCCGUCCCUGCGUUCUGCCGACCCUUCCAGUGUGCCCCUUGACUCCCGGUUCUCCCAUACCCCUGUGCAGCUGAUCAGGGCUGGGCAGGUUGUAGGCCAGGACCCCCGGUACUGGGGCCUCAUCUCACUGGAGAGAAAUGGGACCGUAAACGAGGUGGUCAUCACUAGGCUGAGUGCCAAGCAUGAGGGGAUGUAUGAGAUCCGAGAUCAGGACGGCAACCUGGUUUCAUCCACCCUUCUCCAUGUGGUCGAUAAGACGGCCAGAUGGAGGACAGUGCUCAAGUCCAUCAGCGUUCCUUCUGGCAUGUUUGUGACUUUGGCUGGUUUCAUCUUGUUUAUGAAGCGCUACCCAAACUGCAGCCUCUCCAUGAUCAUCAAUGGCUUGAGAGGUCACCACACACUGGCAGCCAAUCCUCCCAGAGUCAAUGUCCAGGAUUACAGUCAGCCCAACCCCUCGCCCUCUAGUUUCUAUGGUGAUUCACAGCAGAUAGGAAUUCCAAAAACAUGGAGCCCCAGUCCUGCAAUUUCGGGUUACACUCCAGUUGUGGAUCGUGUACCGUUUGUAGUGGGCCUUGGACCCAAGCCCUGCACUGUGCCAGUGCCAACACAGAGACAACAGGAGUCUGAAAGAGUUGAGGCAUCCUCUUCUCACACGCUUAGUAAAGAGGAACCUGUUGAUAGUGAGAUCUCGUUUUCUGUUGAUGGCGCCUCGAACUGCCUCCUCUCAUCGGACGACUGCCAUCAGUUCCAGAUCAAGAAAGAGGCAGACAAAGGGAGAGGGAGCAAAGAAUACUUCUCCACGCUUCCCCUGGACACCGAUACCUCAGAAACCUGCAGCGUUUACACUUCUGAAAAACUGACCUUCUUAUAGAGCCCUGAGAAGGACAAGAGUGGAAGAGAACAGGAGAGAAAAUGGAGAAAUGAAAAUGUUGAUGACUGAUUAUUCCACCAUAGUGCCUUUACUUUCAAAACCCUUUGUGGACCUGAUGGUAUUACUUAAAUAAUAUAUUUAUGAUAAUUUGAAUUAUCAUUAGGCAUUAGGUUGUCAGUGUCCUACAUUUUGGCACAUCGCCUGGAGAUCGCCUGUGAUGUUCCUAGAAUUCAAAUCUCCUAUGGUUUUGCUGCUACCUAACUCCGAACCCUCGGGACAAAACACUUGAACCUGUACUGUAAACUAUAGUCUGUAUAUUGGCUGUUUAUGUGUGUAAAUAUAUUAUUAUGUUUGGGCAGUAUAAGACACAAGGAAUUAGUGGAUUUCAUAAUAAAAUAAAGGGAAUGGCCUCUCAAGUGUAUUUAACUGCAUGUGUUACCAACUUAUAAUUGAGUUAAUUAACACAAUCUAAGGAAGUAUUUAUUUUUUAGAAUAGAUAUUUUUCACAUAGAAUAUACAGAUUUGUAUGUGAUUGAUAAAAGUACAUUAUUUUCACCAUGUAUUCACAUUGUCUUGGAGGCUUUGUUGAAUAGAUUAUAAACACCUUAUCCAUAUCACUCUGAAAGGGUGUCAAUAUAUGAUGUUGAAGUCACAUUUAUGUUUUCUUGUCUAUUAACAUUUGUAAGUCAAAUAUCGUAUGAUAUGUAAAUAAAACGAAUGUAA